AUGAAUGAAUCUUGGAACCUUUUUAACACAAGUCCAGGUUCGCCUACACAGCCAAUUUCUAAACGACAGUACCGGCUUGCCCACCAGACGUUGUGUAUCACCCACAUUGACUUCGAGCAACGUUUGAUCGUAGGUUUUACUCAGUUAGUGAUAUGGCCUAUCACACCAACCUUGAGACGUAUUCACAUAAAUUGCCGUCAGUGUCGUAUUCAUCGCAUUUUAUUAGAAGCAGCUGAUAAUGAGUCUGCAGAGUUCGAAAGUGAUCGAAAAGGGCGGAGUUCGAGUUGGGGUAUUUCGAAAACCAAAUUAAUCCCAUCGCCAACUGAUCUCCCUAUCCUAUAUACUGAUCCCACCUUAGAAAUUUGUGAACGUGAUAUUAAAUUGAGAACUUUGGACAGCUUUGAACGCCGAUAUAACUCCGUUGUAAUGUCAACCGAUCCGGAUGAAGAUGCAGGUGAAGUAACAGUUCGAUUACCUUCAGAUUUCUGGCCGUUAAUUUCUCAAAAAUCUCCUUUUAUAUUAACCAUAGAAUUUUCUCUUAAUAAACCCAAGUCUGGAUUUUAUUUCGUUGUUCCUGAUGGAGAAGGAUCGUUAAGUGAACGUGGAGUACAUGCAUUUACAGCUUUUACACCAAACUGUUCUCGUUUAUGGUUUCCUUGUAUUGAUUGCUCGGAACCAUGUACCUGGAAAAUUGAAGUGACAGUGUUCGAAGAUUUAGUUGCUGUUGCCCCUGGAGAGUUAAUAGAUGCUCCAUACUACACUGAAGAUUUAACACACAAAACCUACCACUUUUAUGUCUCCCAACCAGUAUCAGCCCCUUGUAUUGGACUGGCUGUUGGGGCUUUUGAGAUUUUUCCCGACCCACGGCUCUCCAACGGAGCAACACACUUCUGUCCGAAUGGACUAUUAAACCUUUUACAAUACACAAUAUCUCCUCUCUCCGAAAUGAUCGAAUAUUACGAGUCUAUAUUGGCGUCACAGUAUCCGUUUUCCACGAUAAAAUGUGUAUUUGUAGAUUGUGCUUUUUCAAAAUGUCAGUCAUUCGCUUCUUUGAUUAUUCUCUCUCUUGAUCUACUGCACUCGCCAAGUGUUAUUGACCAAGCGAUCGAAACACGUAAAAUAUUAUCAUUAGCUGUGGCCCAUCAGUUCUUCGGGUGUUUUCUUAUCAUGGAGACGUGGUGUGAUGCUUGGCUUACAUACGGUCUAGCAGGAUACUUAUCUGGUCUGUACCAAAAACGCGUCUUUGGAAACAACGAGUAUCGUAAAAUUGUUCUUGAUGAAAUGCACUUCGUAACAGAGUUCGAGAAUAUGAGAUAUGGGAUUGUACUUGAUCCAUCAAAAUUGACUUCAAAGUUAACCUAUUUUGAUUUGAGCUCAUCCCAUCUGAUAUCACCGGAUUAUUUAUCAGCCUAUAAGAAAAAAUCUCACUUAGUUAUUCGUAUGUUGGAAUUGCGAUUGGGACAACCCGUAUUGCUUCAAGUUCUUAACAAGCUGCUUGUACUUGCUCGACUUUCGACUAAAUCAAUCCUCUCUUCUACAGAUCGAAAUCAGAGUCUGUCGGUCGGAUUAGAUGGAUGUGGGAGAAACGAAGGUGAUUCUGUUUCGGUAACUUCAAAUACUCAACCUCAACAAAAUCCUACAGUUCCUCCCUGUAUGUCAGAUGAACAUAGAGCCAAUAUUCUCCUAUCUACAGCUUCAUUUCGGAGGAUUAUUUCUAUGGUUACAGGUCAGGAUAUCCGAAAUUUCUUAAAUCAGUGGGCUUGUCAUGCUGGUCAUGUCAGGAUAUUUGCUAAGUUUCAUUUCAACCGUAAACGGAAUGUUGUAGAAUUAGAAUUGAAACAGGAUCUACAAUCCAGAGGGACUCUGAAUUAUACUGGACCAAUUACAGUUAUGCUCCAAGAAUUGGAUGGAGCGUUUAUACAUACUUUCAAAUUAGAAGAAGGCCGUAUGUCUCGUGAUUUACCAUGUCAUUCCAAAAGUCGAAAACAUCGUAAAAAGAAAAUUUCGUUAGCCAAUGGCGAUGAAGUUGAUAUGGAUUUAGCUCGUAUUGAUCCAGAAUCACCUUUACUCUGGCUUCGAAUAGAUCCAGACUUAGCUAUUAUACAUGAUAUUCACGUUGAUCAACCAGACUUUAUGUGGCAUCUUAUGUUAGCUCAUGAUAGGGAUUGUCUCGGUCAACUGGAAGCAGUAAAUGCUCUCAAAGAUUUUGCUUCUCCUGAAACGCGUCAUGUUUUAAGUAAUAUUAUUUUAAAUGACAGAAUUUUUUAUCAUGUUAGAAUGGAAGCAUGCUUUACAUUGUGUCAUGUUGUGAACGAACUGAGUACUCUCAGUAACAACCCUACAGCAGCUUCGGCUACAGUAACUUCUUGUUUGUUGCCAAUGUUUUGGCAGUUGUUUAGUUCACCAGCAGCUCGUGGUUUAAUUCGUCAGAAUAAUUUCUCUAAUUUACAACUUUAUUUUCUUCAGAGAGCUAUGGUCAAAGCUUUGUCAACUUUGCGUGUGCAACAAGUCUGCCCUCAUGAUAUACUGAUUUUCAUUAGUGAUUUAUUAAGGCAUAAUGAUAACUCGCGUAACCCAUAUUCUGAUAGUUAUUACCUUGCCGACCUUGUAAAGGCAAUGAAAGAUACUCUGACACCUGCAAUUAUUGUUCGUGGGGUAAUGUCUGCCUCGACACUACCUUUUGAAGCCCGUACUGUUAUCGAAGAAGUUUCUCAUUUGUUAAACUUGGAAACAGAAACAAUUAGUUAUAAAGGUACUGUAACCGUUGUCUGUUUAGCAGCUAUAAGACGGCUACAACGACUUGGAUUUUUACCCAUAGAUCCAAGUUUGUUUUACCAAUAUGCUUUGUCAAACUUUUAUUGUGAUAUCAGAGUAGCAGCAAUCGAAGCUGUUGUGGAUUAUAUCAGAGGUGAGAGAGAUCAGUCAGCAUUAGACUGGCUCUUUAGCAACAUUAUAGAACGAGAAGAUGCCAGUGACGCUUCAUAUGUUCGCCUACGCUUUGAAGCUGUGCAGUUAUUACUACGCAUGCCACCAUUUCAACGUGGUGAGUCGGGUAGUCGAUUAGAUACUCCUCAAUUAGUUGAAAGACUUUGGACACUGAUGAAUUAUGGAUGCACCGGUGAUCCACGACUUAGAUGUGCAGUCGCUGAACUCUACUACACACUUUACGGUAAUCGUCGCCCAACUUGUCUUCCUCUUCCAGAAGGUGUGCUUUUAGUGAGAGUCAAGGAAGGGAGAUCUGUACUUAAUAUAUCUGAAAACAAUUCUAAAGCUAGUGAAAUAGACUAUACUGAUGAACUGAACAAAUAUAAAUCUGAAUGCUUCGGUAGAGGAAUUCCUCCUUCGAAAAUGCAUCCAGAAUAUGAAGAAUUAGAAGAUAACUACUCGGAGUGUGAGAUGUUGCACGCAAAUACUAUGAAGUUAGAAAGAGAUUCAAUCCAACGCCCCACAGUGUCAGAAUUCAAUCCUCAAUUUGAUCUAAAGCGAAGCAGAACUGGAAAUUUCUCAGAAUUGAAUGAUUCGUCGAACACUUUCAAAAGGCGAACUGAACGUCUAAGUGAUGAUGAAGAUGAUUAA